AUGCGCAUCCUCUGCCUCCACGGCUACGGCACCAACCCCGCUAGCAUGAAACAGCAGCUAGCAGGCCUGCGCCAACACGCCCCCCCGCAUUGGGAAUUCAUCUUCCUGCGCGGUGGCAUCGAGUGUCUUCCGGCUGUGGGCCUGGACCGGAAAUUCCCCGGCCCCUUCAACUGCUACGCCCGCUGCAUGUCCCCCACCGAAACCAGCGAGGCCUACACCCUCCUCGACCACACCAUCCGCACCCAGGGCCCUUUCGACGGGGUGAUCGGCUUCAGUCACGGCGCGGCCCUCGCGCUGUCGUAUCUCCUGGAGAGUUUUGCCGCACAGGGUGUCCCAUCCACGGCCUAUCCCUUCCGUUUCGCCGUCUUCUUCUCCAGUAUCUUUGCCUGCGCCGCGGAUCCCGCGUUCGUGGACACGUUAUAUCCGGAUCUCCGGCUGGAAGACUGGGCGAAAGUCCGCUCGUGCGAGUACGCGCAGUUCGCCACGUUGCCGGAAAGAGUCCGAACAGUCACGACGGCGCUUUCACGGUUGCUGGAUUGCGUUCAUCCCAUCACGCAGGCGUCCAGGGCGUUCUUCCUGGAUCGGCCGGUCGAGGAGACGCCGUUGCUGCUGGAUCCGGAGGUCGUGGUGACGAGACUCGGGAUUCCGACCUUGCAUGUGUGGGGGGAGAAUGAGCCGAGGGGAUUGAGGGUUGCGUCGCAGUGGGCGGUGCGGUUGUGUGAGAGGGAGCUGGCGAGGACGCUGGUACAUGGGAAUGGACAUGAUGUGCCAAGGGGGGUGGGGGAGUUGCGGGGGGUGGUGGGGUUCAUGGAGGAAAUGGGGGGGGAGCGGGUGAGGGCUGUUUUGUAA